GGACGCGGACUGUACCUCAAAACACUUUUUUUUAGUGGCGUCCUUGUUCAACAGUGCCCCUCAUAGCACCCAAUGUCGCUUCCUCCACAGGCUGCGCUCCCGUUCAACACUGACAGUACACUAGGUGCACUACUCGUCGGUGGUCUUGUCGCUGCAGCAUUUUGGGGAGUGACCUGUGCUCAAACACUCAUUUAUUUUCAGCACAGUUCGAGUGACCGUCUCUCACUCAAAUUAUUUGUAUCAUUCCUUUGGGUUUUGGAUACCUUUGACUCUUGUCUUACGAGUCAUAUUCUGUAUUGGUAUUUCGUGAAAAAUUAUUUCAAUCCUUCAGCUAUUGCUUCUCCUGUCUGGAGUGUCUUGAUACAUGUCGCAAUAACUUCACUCACAGACGUGCUUAUCAGGGCUAUGUAUGCCCGUCGGGUGUAUCAAUUGAGCGGCCACAGCAUACUAUUAACGGCAGUAGUGGUCGCCAUAUCGCUUCUCGACUUGAUUUGUGGCUUCAUGAUCACAGUGAAAGCGUUCAAACUAGGCUCCUUCGCAGAGCUGAACACGAUCUCUGGUCUCAUGUACACAAAUUUCGCUGCGGGAUUCUCCGGUGACCUGUUUGUCGCUGUCGUCUUGUGUUAUUAUCUUUGGAGGUCCAGGACCGGAUUUCGAGGAACGGACACACUUGUCAAGUCUCUCGUCUCAUAUAUCAUCACUACAGGUUUACUCACGGCCGUGGAUGCGAGCUUAGGCAUGAUAUUCUACAUUGUUAUGCCCAAUAACUUUGUCUUCAUUGCAUUCUACUUCAACCUGGCUAAAAGUACAUCAAUUCGUACCUGGCACUG